AUGGCAGAUAUAGUUCCAAGGAGAGCCAGUCUUGGUGGCAUGCCUGCUGAGGUCCUUAGCCUGAUCAUCUCCAACCUCAUCCAAUAUGCUCCACCAACGCAUAUCGUCGGAAUACUAGAAACUCUUGGACUUCACAAGGCAGUACAUGAACUGCACGACAGCCCUAAGCAAUAUCGAAACUGGAAGGAAUCCAGGAGCGACCUCGUCGCGAUACACAGCACUUCGAAAUACAUGGCCGAGGCAGCAAAGCCCUUUUUGUACAGGUCCAUCGCCGUUGAGAAACCACAUCACCUGGAGGGUUUUUACCGUGUCUUGAAUUAUUCAGGCGGAUCUGGUCUUGGAAGACUCGUUCAAGCCAUAUACCUCCUUGGCGACCUUCAGUUGGGACCCCGACUGCCUCACUACCGCGUCCAAGGGCCACUAUGCCAUACCGCACCCCUCAGAUAUCUGGCUGGCAUCCUCUCACUUACACACAACUUGCACGAACUCUUGAUCACAUCUCCCAAUGAGAAAUAUGUUGAAAUCCUCCUACAACAGAUGUGUAGCUCUCAAAUGCCAGUUCGUCAACCCACCGACCCAGUCCAAGAAGCAUACUCCCAUCUUGCCUCAUGUUCAGUGACCUUGAAAGAGGUUGGGCAGCAGGAAACCGACGGCCAUACAAUGCAACUCUUUCCCAGUUCUUCAUCCUCCAUUUUGCCCCUCAGCUCCGUCCGUAAAUUGCGAUUACGGCACAGCCUCCACAAAUCAGACUCGAUUAUUGGCCCAGUGCUUUUUCACAGCUACAAAUACCACUAUUCCUGCCACAUGCCUACAUAUCUUGAACAGUUUCCCAAUCUCGAGACAUUGGAGCUUCUUGCAGACGCACCGUGGUGCUGGAGGCCCAGUGGCAGAACGCUGACUGAUACAAGCCCACCAUCAUACUCCCCGAUGCCAAAGUUGAAGCAUCUGCGACUUUAUCUCUCAUCCAUCCAAGAGCCAGAGUUAGUUGGCGUCUGUCUUGCGUGCCCUAACCUCGAGACACUUUUAGUCUACUUUGCAAACGCUACCCGGCCUCAAGACCGACAACGUCUUCCUCAGGGUAAAGGCCUUAAUGAUGUCCUUCUAGAUCUCUCCCGCAGCCUGCGUCACCUUGAGCUCCUCACCGCUGAAGCUGGAAACUACCUAUCCUCGCCUGAAGGUGAUUCCAAUGGCCAAUUACGGAGGCUCAUUUGCCUGCCCCGUCUCACCAACUUACAAUGCCUUGUUGUGGACUUUACAGGCUUGUUUGGACUCGUCGACUUUAUCAAUGGCCAGGAUGUGGAUGAACUCCCAGCGCGCUGUCCCCCCAACCUCACCCAGUUAACUAUUGCCUGUCGAUGGGGCAGGCGCUCGGAUUGCCUGUGGCCUAUUGAUGGUGACGAUGAGAUGCGCGUCAUCAGCGCCUUGAAAACUUGCUAUGCCACAAGACUCAAGAAACUACGGGUAUUAAAUCUUGAUAUUCCUUCAAUCGGACGCGUUAUCCACACGGCGCGCCAGUUCAUCCAGGAAGAGAAUGUGCCACGAGAAGCGGCUCGCUCGCUGAGCUAUCUCGUAGAUAACUCCGUUAACGUCGGGCUCUGCGACCUCUGGGAACAAUUUGAAUAUCAGGGCGACAUUCGCGAUCAGUUUCCAACCGACGCGCAGAUCCAGCGGAAGAGACGCAGACUCAGCGAGGCGAACUUCCGGCGCGGGCUUGUGGAUAGCGGCCUUCAAGGUCCGUGGUACAAUACUUAG